AUUAAAAAAGGAAAUUAAAAUGAAUACGCCAUUUAAUGCACGGGGCUGCUCCCGAUCGGUGCAUGGACGAUCACGUGUGGUUGGUGGAUACCGCCCACGCUAUUAUUUCCGUCGUAAUGGUCUUGUCAUUCCUGUAGGCGCCAAUGGCAACAAUCGAGGACGACAAGAGCAAACUCAAAACCCAAGAGGAAGGAAAUCUUUAGGUUGCAAUUUUUCUCGCCGAGUAACACGGAAGCAUGCAGGUUCUUUAAACUGUAGCUUUUUACUUCCGGAAAACUAUGCUAUGCCAGAGGAUGGUGUGCAGGUCCCCUGUAUAAAGCUAGACAAUCCUAAAUCCUACCCUGGCUGGCGCCUUUAUUUUAUACACGAUCCGCACACAGCAAAUAGUGAACUUGAAAAGCGCAUUCUUGCCGCCCAGGCGCACUAUCAACGCAAUCCUCUAAAAUAUGACAUAGAUAGCAUACGAAAUAGCAAAGCCGUGCCAAUCAUAGUGGGUAACAUCAUCCACGACGACCAACUGACAACGGAGUGGCCCACGCUUCAACAAAAUAUGUGCGAACAACCGCUGCGCACCAUGGCCAUCCUAGGACUUGCCAUGCACACCGUUAUCUGUAACUAUCGAUUAGACGCUGCAAACACAAUGCUAACCACUACCACAGAGGACUACUAUAAGGAGCAUCCUAAUCCCAUACCUAAGCUCUAUGUGCGUCCAGUCCAAUUUGUUCCUGUUGAACUCAUCAGCCAAAUCAGCACAGCUCUCGUCGACACCAUGAUUGCAGUACGAGGUAUCGUUAGAGACGCAAGCGACCCCAUUUAUCUGAAUUGGCAUGCCUUUCGCUGUACGCGCUGCCAAACAGAGCAGUCGUUGCGACAGCGUGGACAAUAUUUGCCCCGUCCCUAUCACUGCCUGAAUCAGCAAUGCGCUGCUAAAGACAACUUUCUGGCACUGCGAAAAUCAACAUACACACGAGUCUCGGUGCGACAGAUUAUACGCCUGGAGGAGUCUACCCUAUCAUCGCUUACAAACUAUGAGAGUAAGGAUACAGGAGAAAUAGAUAUUGAAUUACGGCAGGAGUUAGUCGAUACCGCACACAUCGGUCAGGAGAUCAUUGUUACAGGUGUUUUGAAAAUGCGUACACUUAACGCUGGGACUAUCCAACCUACACCCACAUCAUUUGCAGCCGGUUACGGAUAUGGAGCUGGCGAUUUGCAAGUGUAUUUGCUUGCAUGCAGUAUUCAGUACACGCGUGACGUGCAACGACAAUUCAAUAAAUGUGAUUUGGAGGCCUUCGCCUUGAUCAACGCAGAGCCGAACUGCUUUAAGCUGUUCGUGCACUCACUGGCACCAGAAGUGCACGGACAUGAGCUGCCCAAAGCCGCUUGUCUGCUUUCAUUGCUGACAGCUGGUCCUUCUGGUGGCGUCCAUAUGCUGCUGGUUGGCGAUCCAGGCAUUGGCAAAUCAAUGGUACUCCAGAGCUGUGCCCAAAUUAGUGAACGCUCUGUUCUAAUUAACGGAAAGUGCGCAAGUCUAGCGUAUAAUCAGCUGGGCGUGGCAUUUAGUGGGCGGAACAAGCAGGUCAUGGAGGCGGGAGGAUUGAUGUUAGCUGGCAGCACAGGGCACUGUUUAAUUGAUGGCGUGGACAAGUUGGCAUCAAAGCAGAGUCUGCUACUGCAGAGCAUGCAGGCGGGUCAGCUAGGUAUGUUCCUUCCCGGCACCUACGCCUGCCUGGACACGCACACCUCGAUUAUUGGCUGCGCAAAUCCACAGCGCGGUCGGUACGAGCAGUCACGCUAUUUAUUACAGAAUAUACGCCUAUCAGCCGCAUUGCUGAAAGAGUUUCAUCUGAUAUACGUACUUCUGGAUAAUCCUUCCACCUCGCGGGAUAUAUCGCUGACGCAGCAUGUUCAUGCACUUCAUGCAGGAUCCAAGAAGCGGGCGCAUAUCGCCGCUCGCUAUGCGCUCAAGCCAAAGUCGUGUAAAUCUAUGUACGACGGCAGCUUUUACAAUGGAUCCGGAACGACAGAAUAUGAUGAAUACAGUGUUCUGCAAGAAGAUUAUGAUUUGGACAAGCGCUUAGAGCUUAAACCAGAAGAAAUUGCUGAUUUGGAUCUAUUGCCCCCCAAACUAAUGAAGAAAUUUAUCGGCUACGCUCGACAAAACGUAUAUCCCCUUCUUAACGAAGCAUCCAUGAACACAAUUAAGCGACACUUUUUGGAGAUAUGCAACAAUGACUUGAAGAACGAGCAUCGUCAGAUUGGGAUGGGGCAGCUUCUCGGCUUGAUUGCACUAUCGAAGUCACGUGCACGUCUGGAUUUGUCCAAUAUAGUGACGCCUCUACACGUGCGUGAUGUCAUCGCAUUGCUGGCUGCAAGCAUCGCUCAGACAAGUCUUGGCAUUGAUAAAGAUGAAGCGUCCAGUAUCUUGGCCAAAAGAUCACAUCUCCAGAGGUUCGUACACAUGACACAGUUGCGAUCGGCUGCCUUGGGACGAUGCGUGUUUGAUCUCGACGAACUUGAAGAAAUUGCCACGCAAGCAGGAAUCAUUUCUGGAUUUUCUAUGCUUGUGCAAACAGCCAACAUGGGCGGGCAUUUGCUCAAGAAAGGACCAAACUUGUACGAAGUAGUAACCGAAUAACACUCAUCUUUGUAUAAAUCUUUUUUUUUACUUCGUUCACAUAGAUUGUAAGAUAUGUGUGAAGUACAUUUUAAGAAC